CAGCAGCUGCGCGUUCCCCUGGGAGAGAAAACGGCGCUCGCGACACCCCGUAGACUACUUUUUGAACUUUGCAGAUACAAAAUUAAGGACAUGGUGAUGUAACUUCUGGAAAAUGACUUAUUAGAAGCAAAAAGUGUUUUUAGUUAGCAAAGCAAGCAGUUUCCAGACUAGACAUUUUGUUGUCCGACUGGCCCGUGGCGGUUGCAACUUAAGGACCACCGGCUGUCUCAUGCUUGUGUGGGGAUUCGACAACUUCCAGUCAAAGGGGAUGUCCGUAUGAUAAAUGAUAUAAGGGUAAUGCGCUCGACCAGCGGCACGCACCAUGGCCUGGCGAGUGUGGUCCAAACUCUGGUGUGGUCACACAUGGAUCCUACUUCUUACCCCUCUUUUCCUUCUCUUCCUCAUGAUCUUUGUGAUGACAGUCACUCUGCCGCUCCCUUCACCACCCGCUGACAUCGCCUGGAGGUCGUCCCGGGCCCUGAGUUCUACGGGGGAGUUCAGAUCCAGGAACAGGAUUGUGGAGCCCCUUCCAGCUGCUGGCAUCCAGCAGCCACUCACUCACAUGUACAGCAGGAGCUUGAGAAGCAGCAGUAGAAGAGAGACAUCUAAACAUUCUGUGCCACUUCAACCUUUCGGGGAUGCUGCUGGCAAUGACAAAAACAGCAUCAAAGAGAGACGUCACGCUGACAUACAAAGAAAUAAACACAAAAGCAAAGGCAUUGCCUCCAAGAGAAAAGAGCUGGCAGGCGCCAACCAGCCAGCCAGUCAUCACCGUCUCCAUCCAGAGUUUAUAGACAACAACACACUGCCAAAGCACAGAAUUAAACCAAGCAACCAGAGUGCUGUGGCAAAACAAGCUACACAAACAUACAUUUAUCUUGAAAAGAGUGCUUCAGCAGAUCCCAUAGAAAGUGAGACAGGAGCUGCAGAUAGACAGGCAGCCAAAUUGAGGUUUAGACACACAAACUGGAAUGCAGACAAACAGUUACAUGGCAGCCAUACGAGUGCAAAGAUAGCACAACAACACCUGGGUUUAAAAAAACACAAACAACCAACAAAACAGAAUCUGAAAUCAGACAAUGUGCAGGCUGUUAAAAAGCUCCCUGGAUAUUUCAUAAAACACCGUAAUCUCUCUGAGGAUCCCUUGGAUGCGAAAAAGAUCCCGGGAUCACUGGCCAAACCAGAGGUCACUGUGAUGAAAGAUGACAUCGACUGGUGUCAAAGCUUCACAGAGCAGGACUUCCCAGACAGCGACCGCAGGAGGAUCAGGGCCGACUCGCACCGCCUUCCCUGGUUCAGCAGGGUAGACAUCCAGAAGAUGGAGUUCCUCGCUAAGGGCGAGGUGGUUAGCAAGACCAGGAUGCCGGGACACGGACAGGUGCUCCAAGUGGCACUGGAUGCUCCAGCAGACCAACAGAAGCCAUCCGUGAUGAGAGACUCACAUCAGCACGGAGAAGGAUGUGGACGUUCAACUACCCACGGUGAGCGCUGCCAGCAGGGCUGCUGCUCCCUGGUUAAGCGCACUGAUGACUGGAUUGAAGUGUUCGCCUUCCACCUGGACAGAGUGCUGGGACUCAACAGAAGUCUCCCCGCAGUUCUGAGGACCUUUCAUAGCCACGUGCUGCCCAACAGGUACAUUAAUGGUACCCCCAGACCUGCAGUGUGGUGGGACCCAGAUAUUCACCACCUUUCUGAUGAAGACAAUGACCAGAACUCAGUACAGCUCAGCUGGGUUCACUACCAGAAACUGCUAAAAGCUCGCUGUGGGAGUGAAACAGACCUGAGGUCAGCCCCCUGCGUGGGAGUGCAGCACUCAGAGUGGGGAAGGCUAGCUCUUUUUGACUUCCUGCUGCAGGUAAACGACCGCCUGGACAGGUACUGCUGUGGUUUCAUACCUGAUCCCACAGAACUCUGCGUGGAGAACCUGCUGUAUGCAAGGUGUGCCAACACCAAAGACCUGCUGCUGGUUCACAUCCUGGUGAGGAAGGCGGAUCCCUCCACAUUGGUGUUCAUAGAUAAUGCUGGGAGACCACAACAGUCUACAGACAACCUCAACUUCAGGCUGGUUGAGGGCAUUGAUGAAUUUCCAGAGAAAGCUGUGUCUGUGCUGCACUCAGGCUGUCUGGAACGUCUUCUGCUACACUCCCUUUACACAGACAGGGAAUUCUGGGACAGCCACGGCGGGUCCAGCGGUCUCAGGCCUCUCAUCCACAUGGUGGAGCAGAGAGGGAAAAUUCUCCUGCAGCACAUCAGGGACAAAAAGCUUCAGCUCAACAGGGAUCUGUGACUGACCUGAUCAGGCCAACCUGGAUUAUAAAGUAGAUGCAAACUGCAGAUCAAUGAGCUCGAAAUCCUAUUAGCUGUCGUGAAAGAGAGCAAGAGUCGCUGGAAGAAAAGAAGCCUGCAGAAAUGAAAUGCAUUGUAUAAUUUAAAGCACAAAAGUCAUUUAGAUUGAAAGUGCCCAUGCACCGAAGCACAAAGAAAACAGAUUUAGAAUGGUUUUUGCAGUGCAGAGUCAUCCAGGGGUCACAUGGUGGUAUAAAAUAUUUAAAUGUGUGCAAACAGAUCAACAAAGCAACAAAGUGGACUGAAACACUGGGAGCUAAGUGCACUGUCUGGCAGCCCGAACCCAGCAAGUCAUGAACAUGUUUGAGUUUCUCACUUCAUGAUGCGCCUUUCAUUCUUCGUUGUUUAAUCUUAGUCUUCUGUAGUAUUGGCUGUACAGCAGAUACAGUAUUUUUAAAAGGUGCAACUGCUUUUAAGUCAGCUGGCCAGAUGGACUACUGUGCUCUUGCAUUCUGGUCUGCACUUUGUAAAGGUGCUAAAGGGCCCUCAGUGCCUCACAAUGUGACGCCCACGAGACUGACCAAAUGUCAGCAUGUGGUGUUUUUAGAGUAAGAUUGAGUUGAUACAAAGCACCCUGAAAAUUUCUAAAGGUAUAUUGCAACUUGCGUUAUAUCACCAAGUCCUACCACAAAAGACAGUUUGAUGUCUAGGCUUCAAGCUCAUCACUCACACCAAAUAUGAUUCCCACAGAAACUAGCGAGUGAUGACUAAACAUCCUCCCUGGAGCCUACAGGUUGAUGGAGGUAGAGACCCAGGACAGCAGAGCCAUUAAUAUGUCAGAGGGAGAAAUGGGAAAUUUGGGAAUGAAGGAAGACUGCUAAGGCUUCGGCAGGUGUAUGACAUAAGGAGAGAGUGUGUAUGACUUACCAGCCAGAGCUCACAAGCUUCACUCCAUUUAAUUCAUUACAAAAUAAAGUCUGUUGUCAUGUCUCUGCUUUAGCCUUUUUUUAUUGUUAUUAUUCAGGAAACAGAAUCAAAACUAAACCUGAAGGUGUGUCAUUUUGUGUACCCUGUUAAAAAAAGAGAAAGCAGUCGUAAAUUUGAUUGACUCAAAUGGUUUGAUCAUCUGCAGAAUAUGUAAUACCCCUGUAGCUCCGUCUGUUCUUCAGGGCGCCUGUCACUGGCUUUUCAUUGAAGCCUCCCAUCUGCACUCAGUAGCUUCUCCCCAAA